AGAGAUGAAGAAAAUAAAGAACCUCCAUCUUCUAUAAGUCUUAAGCAAGGUCCCAAAGUAGCACCCAAACCGAAAAAAUCUGCCUUAAGUAAAUCAAGUUCACAAGAUGGAAAGGAUGCAGAUGAAAAGCCAGGAUUUUCCAAAUCAUUUGAGAAAGAAAGUAAGGGCAGUCCAGCAAUUACAAAGGAAAUAGAGAUUGCAGAAGAUGAUUCAAAGACUUUAGUACAAUCCAUACCCGGGAAGGUACUACUAAAAGAAUCUGAAGCUGUAAAGCCCCAAAACUCCAGGGACUUUCAAAAAUAUCCCUCAUCAGAUAAAGUAAAUGAAAUCCCUUCAACAAGGCGAGUUCGAGAGCCUUUCGAUUCAUUUGAUAGGGAAGAAUACCUGGCUGAAUUAAUAGAUUAUGAUCGAUCGUCAGAAGAUCAGAAGCAGGAUAAGAAGCAAACCUGGGAGCCAGACAAUGUUCUUAGGCGCCGUCUUCCCAGCGAACAUGAAUUUAAUUCAACUUCAAGUCUUAAAGGAGAGGAAGAAGAAAUCGAUUCCAUUGGAUCUGCGACCAUGCGAGGUAGCUAUCGAGAUCGUUCCCAAAAAGCCGAUGACGAUAGGGGUGUGAUCUUAGCUGAGGUAAUCAAUAUGGGAAGGCUGAAGGAGCUGAAGAAUGAACGCGAAUCCAGUAUGGAUUUUCUUAAACAACCCAGAGUUGAUAGAAGUAUAGAUGAGAUCAGAGGUGCCCAGACUACAGGAACCAGCAGACAUCAUGUGGAAGAAAUAAAUUAUAGGGAAAACUCAAGUGAUGAUGAUGAUAAUGAACCAGUAAAACACAAAGGCACCAUUACGAAACUAUUUUGUCUGACACAAAAGAGAGUGGAAGAAAAGGAAACUCCCAAAGAAGAUGAAGAACCUAAAGUUACGGAAGAAAAGAAACCUCCUCCAAAGCAAGAAAUCGAGUUAGAGGCAAAGAAACCUUGGAGUUUUCCCAUAACAGAGACAUUUUCCGAAAUACCUGGCGAGCAACAGCCACUGCGAGAAAACCAAAAGGUUAAAUUGGGAAAAAGAAGUAGGAAAAUCAGAUCAAUAGGAAUCAAUACGGAUAUAAGUAGGAAAUCGGGAAGACCAAAAGUCACCACUUAUGAUAAAGAAACCGACUUGGGAGUUUAUCAUGAUGGCGGAAGACUGCGAGAUAUAGGCCAAGUCACAGAAAGAUUGUCGAAGAGUCGGAAGAAUUAUAAAUAUAAAACUGAGCCAGAAGAUGGACCCAUAGAGAUAGGACCCUCCAUCGAUAAUCAAAAAAGGGAAAUAGGAGUUAAUACCAAGAUCCUACCGAAAACAAAAGAUCCACCCAUUUCUGGAGAGCAUACACAUAAGGGAGAUCGAUUUAGGGACUUUGGGACCAACACAGAUAAACCUUUUCUCCCCAUAGACGAUGGUACCAAGGUGAUCUAUAUGGAACCCAUUAAGUCGGAUGAGAACAAACUAAAUAAACUCAUUGUGGACCCUCCACUAGAUAAUGGGCCCUACAAGAUGCCAACAAAGGAGGACAGGAGAUCGUAUUACGAGGGCUGUGAAUAUCAUUUUCCAGGUCGAACCGGAUGGCGCCGACUUUUCUACAAUAGAACUCAUGGGAAAUACGAAUUACGACGUUGUAAUCACUGGGUUUACACACUCAUCUUUGCACUACUUUAUAUAUCCUUCGUCAUACUCUUUUCAAUGGCCUGGUUCGAUUAUGUCACAGAUGAGGUUACCACCAAAAAGGCACCCACAACAAAGAUGGUUCAACCCACUAUCACUUUUGCUCCCAUAGGACCUCGAACUAAUCCCAAAACAAUAUCAUUCGAUCCUAGGAAUAAUACUGAAGUGAUGGAAAAGUAUGCUAGCAUAAUGGCUCUAUUGGAAAAAUAUGGUGAUACUGGAAAAAAUCUACGAUUUGGAACUUGCAAUGCCUACGAAAAGUUUGGCUAUCCAAGUGGUACUCCCUGCAUUUUUCUUAAAGUAAAUCGCAUAAUUGGCUUUAAGACCGAACCAUACUCUAAUUCCGAUGAUCUUGUUAAUGCCAAACUGGGUGAAAAUGACUUUAAUGAUCUAAAGGGUCUAUUAGAUAAUUCCACCUCCAAUAAUCGUACUUGGUUUACUUGCCGCACGGAUACAGAUACCAAUGUGCAAAUUGAAUUCCAUCCUGAACCGUCUAUCCAAACGGAAUUUACGGAUAUUAAAGAAAAAAUUGAGUUUGUCGGGGAUAAAGGAAAAAAGUCUUUCUUCAGCUCAAACGAUUUAAAUCGAAUAGUGGCUCUUAAGAUCCAAAACCUAAAGGCAAACGAACGUGUCCACGUAAAUUGCAAAAUGUGGGCUCGUAAUAUUCAUCAUAAACACGAGGGCUACGGUCAAGUUGCAUUCUAUGUAUUAUUAGCUACGGAUAAAAAUCGAGAAAGAGUGGAGAAAGUACUCAGGCACCAUGAUUCGUUGUAA